AUGCAUGAAAUUCGAUCAUUUACGAUUAUUUUGGUUUGUCAUCUUGAUAUUUCUCUAACUCAGAGUAAAUUGGCUUAUCCAAUCAACAGAGAAUUAUUAAAUGUUGGUACGAGACGUGAUCGAACUUAUCUAGGAUCUACUCGUUUCAAUAAUGCCCAUCGCAUAUUUUCUGACCGUCAAUAUCUAUUGGACAAUUGUGUUCAUCAAUUGAAAAAUAUUGAAUUGGAAUAUAAAGAUGACAAUGUGAAAAUCCAAAUACGUGAAAAUCUGUUUCAUGCACCACAAUAUUUGGCAUCAAAAAUCAAACAAUUGAUUAAUGCUUUGGUUUUUCAAACGGCAACCAUUAUUUUUCAAUGUAUUGCGAAUGCUGGUAAAAUGAUAACAAACGAACAUUUGGAAAUAGAACAAAUUGCUCGAAAAUAUAAUUGUCAAAUUGAUAGAAUCGGCGUUCAAACCAAAAACGAAAUUGUCAAACUGCCUAAAGCUAGAACAACAUCUACAAUAAAGUCAACGUCAACAUUCAUUAUUCAAGAAUCAAAUCGAUUCAUUGAUGCACUACCGAUGUUGAAGAGAUUAUCCACAUCAACUGGUGGAAUAGAAAUUCUAAAAACAAAAGAUUUAACAACACCACUGGUAGAUAUUACUAUCAUUUCAACAGUUAAGGAUGCUGUUAAAGAACAAAUAGAACCGAAUUGUAGCAAUUUUUAUUUUGAAACAGAUGCUGGUAGAAAAGUUCUAUUUAUUCCAUGGGCACCUCCUUCAAUAAAACUUGAUAACGAUCAGACAGAAACCAUUCUUGAAGAGUCGAUAAAAGAAUAUAUUUCAAUUUUCGUAACACAGAUUGCAACUUUAUGCACGACCGAUAUCAAAAGAAUUGCAAUUUCUACAACUGAAUGGGAAAAUUAUUCGAACAGAAAACAAUUGGUCGAAAAGUUCAUUCACGCAUUGAAAUUUCAACUUGAAACAGAUGAAUUUUUCAAUCGUGAUUGGAUAAUUUUAUUUCUUUUCAAUGAAAACCAAUCUGACAUGUAUGAUCUAUUUAUGCAAACCAUUCUAUCACUACAAGUUGAAACGAAUGACUAUGAACAAUUCUAUUGGCCAAUAUCAAGUAUGCACUCAGUGUCAAUUACAAUAGAUUUAAAAACAUCACGAAAUUAUAAUAUUGCUAAAUGCCAAAAUGCGAUCAAUGACUAUGUUCGAAAACGUAUACUUACAACUGCCACGCUCGUUGAUGCAUUUGAUUCAGAAAUCUGGAAUCAGCAUAUGAUCAAUGUCUACUAUAAGUAUUGUAUCGAAAAAUUCGUCUUCCCAAAGAUUAGUUCAAUCAGCGAACAAAACGCACGACAACAACAGCGAUUAGAUUUGAUUGGUCCAGCAUCUUUUGUUAAUGAAAUGAAACAGAGACAUGAUUUAAUGUCCGAAAUUAUCAAACAAAAAACUGUAGUAUCAAUGCGGACGGAUGAAAAAAUAGAAAUAGCGACGUUUCAUCAAUACCCACAAUUAACAUUAGAUGAUGUAUCGAAAGCGUACAACAUUUUAAUAUUAAGUUGUCUCGAAGAUGAGAUUUUGUCAAAUCGUCUUGCUGCUCGUUUAAUUGAUGAAGGCUAUUUAGUUCAUGUCAAUCAUUCUGAUCAAUUAUCUUCAACUGUCGAAUCACAAUUUGAAAAAACAGAUCUAGUUCUCGUCUAUUUUAGUCGAAACUAUUUGCAAAAUGAGGAUUGUUUGGCACAAAUCAAACAAGCAAAGAUAUCUGAAAAGAAAAUCAUAUCGAUUUUAUCAACACGAAAGCCGAUAGAACAAGACAACAAUUGGCUCGACUCUGUUACUACAACAGACUUAUAUUACGAAUUAUUUAAAGAGGAGUCCCAUUUCAAAUUGGAUGAAGAUUUCGAUCUAGAAUACGACAAAUUAUUAGUCGAGCUGCUUCAUUACACAAAACCUGGUAUUGUUGGUCGAACUUAUCCAAUGGUACCGACCGAUUCAAACAAAGAAAAACAACCGGAAGAGGUACCAUAUCAACAAGACUUGCAACCGAAAAUGACGGUAGAACAAAGACGUCAACGAGAAGAAAUCUAUGAAAAAGAUAUCGAAAAGAUUAGAGAUCGAGAUAAGAUCUCCACUGAUGAAGUAGAAAAACUAAUGGAAUGUUUAACGUUAGUUAUCGAAGAUUGCAAAACUUAUAAUCUACUUGGAAUUGACGACGUGCAAGAAGUGGGAGAACAAUCUAACGAAACAACUAAGCGUGAAGAAAACAAAAUAGUCAUUGGAACAGAAGUAAUCAAUGCAGAUGAAGAAGCACAUCAACACGGAUUUGGGCAAGAAGGCAUUCAUACAAGUGAGCAUCAGACACGCAAAUAUUCAUCAAAUUCAUACCAACGGCGAAAAGAAAUUUACGCAAGAGAACAAGCAGCAAGAACUCAACGUAAUUUAAACAAUCUUUGUUUGUGCAUUAAACGUUGGAUGCACAAAGCAUCAAAUGGAAGUAUAAUAAGAGGUAACAUACGGCCAUUUACUGUCACGGGCGAUUUCAAUGAUGCUCCAUAUCCAAUAUUGUUGUCAAAUAAAAAUCCAUGGUGGACAGCAAGUGCAAUCUAUUCAGAUUUCGUUCAUUCACCACCAGAAAUUUAUUUUCGUUAUCCACCAUUAAUUAUGGGUUCGUGGUUUAGUUAUAACGAAGCGCGUCAUUAUUAUCAGACCUUGAUUGAUAGAGACAUUAUUUUUCGAAACAAGAGACAAAAACAGCGUCGCAUGAUAGAAAAACUACAGCAAAAUAGCAAACAAACCACAUUGAACAAGUCGGAUAGUAAGUUUCGCACAAAAUUUUCAGAAGUAGUACAUAAUGCGGAGUUUACAACUGAACUGAAAGAAGGUCAAGUUGCCUGGGAUAUCACUGAAGAUAUUAUGAUAUUGAAGGAAUACGAAAAAAGACGAACGAGAAACAAAAUGAAAAAAUCGCACGAAAAUCUCACUGCUUGGGAGCGUCUAAUCGAAAGAUCGGUACAAUUGUUAUCGGAUAUGAAAGAAAGUAGAAUUGAUUUACAUUCAAACAUUCUACAAGGCAAAAUUGGUAAUGAAUUGAAAACAGAAGAAGAAAUGAGAAAACUUCAUGAAUUAGACGAUCCGAAUAAUAAACGUUGGACAAUCAAGCGACCACGUCAAUGUACACGUGAAUUUCUUCAAGCCAAAAUACAAAACACAAUUGAGUUACAAACUUUGUGCGAAACUUCAACAAAUAUGUAA